AUGCGACUCUUCGUCAUCCCUAUCUCGACGCGACAAGCUCUAAUCUACGCUCGACCCCUCCGCCGUGGUCCGUCGCAGAAGCCUUCGAUACAUGAUCGGGUCAUACAAAAGGCUGCAGAAACGUGGGCGAAAUGGGAGGAGGCCGAUAAGGGGUGGAAGAAGCAUUUAGUAUCCUGGGGUAAUCGGGUGCAGCAACGCAUCCCGUAUCAAGAAUGGGGUCUGAAAAGUAUCCCAUCCCUCGCAGCGGUGCGGCGACUUGAUGAAUCCUACGGGACCAAGAAAGUGGACGUACUUUUCCCAGGAAAUGCUAUUCGACCGGAAAAGCUUCAAAAGAUGCUGCAAGCAAUCGCGACGGAGAGACAGGACCUGCAUCGCCGAAGGAUGUGGUUGAGCUUGCUUGCGACGCCCUUGACCGCUCCCGUUGGGCUUAUUCCUCUUAUACCUAAUGUCCCUUUCUUCUAUCUCGUAUACCGAGCAUGGUCCCAUGGACGCGCACUCAACGGCUCCAAACAUUUAGAGUUUCUUCUAGAGAAGGAUAUCCUGAAUCCUAUAUCAUACCCUGGGCUUGAAGAACUGUACGCAAAGCGCGUAUCCUACGCACUGGAGAAUACGGGGGUGGAUAAACCCAUUUCGGAGAUGGUAGAGGACGUUGAGAAGAGCGACGACAGAUUACUUCUCCGCAUGACAGAUGCGAAGAAACUAGCUUCGAUACUCGAGGCGCCGGAUCUUGCGUUGGAAGCUGAGAGAGCCAUUAUACAGGUGGAGGAAAAGCUGAAGGCGGAAGCGAAGAAAGAUGGUGAGGAUGGGGCUUCCGAAAAGAAAGAUACAUGA